ACUUAAAUGUAACAACGGUGGCAAACGAAACCGAUUCUACGAGGAGUAUACCUGACGAUACCUCUGGUAAUACUAGAAUUAAUCAUAUUUUAGCGGACCAAUCGGCGGAAAUUGGAGGAGAAAUAACAGAAAGAGAUCAAAUUUCUAUAAUAACUAAUUUACAUUUAGAUAAUUCGGAGACAAUGAAUGAUAAUAACAAUACGCCAUUGCAUUCACUUGAAAACCCUUUACUUAUUAACAACGAUGCCGUUGAAACAUCAAUUGCCAAUAACAUGCUCAAUGACAACAUCAUCUCAGCAUCUAAUGCAUCAUAUUCCUACAAAGUUCCCAUUUACAAUCAAUCAUUAAUUCAUAACGAUGCAUUAGGACAAUUAUCUUCGCCACGUGAGGACUCGAUUCCUUCGUUUAUUGACGCGUCAAAAGUUGCUGAAGGAUCUCCUCCUUACCUAAACGCGUCUAGCCCAACUGGCGACGCUGCCUCUUUUAUGGAUUUUGCAAAAUUGACAGAAACGCCAUCAAACAUAUCCGAGACUUCUGACAAUACAACCUACACUAGCUACAUACCACCAUCUCCCAGCUAUAUUCCUCCUCGCAACAAUUUCGAUAGUACCCCCGUCCAAAAUUAUAAUGAGACUACCGUUGAAAACUCGUUAGUUUCCAAUGAUCCAUAUAAUGAAAAUCAAAGGUUAUUAGAUGAUACAACCAGUCCAACAAGCUCCGGAGGCACCCUGAAUUCAGUAUCAUCAUUGA